CUUUUGUUCUCUCUCUGCAGAAUCCUACCAAGGCAACCAGUAGAACAAGUCCUGCAUGACCCCGCCCUGGACUUGGUGCUUUUUACUGCAGGUGUUGACACUAUAACCAUACGGUGAGCAGGACAACAUCAAGAGGUUUUAUCAGGUCAGAGGAGUGAUGCCUUCAGGGUCGGCUGUGUUGUGUCUGCUGCUCCUGCACACUGGAGCUCAUGGUUUUGGAAUAUUGCCAGAUGAAGCUGAGAGUCACCUGGAAAUUACUGAGAGGGCGAUUUUAAAUGUAACAGUGCAGGUGUGUCGAGCCAUCGCCCUGGCUGAGGGGACAGACUUCACUCCUCCUGUGCAACCUUUCACUGUAGAGAAUGUCGCUAUUGCCUGUAACACUCCACAGUCAUCUAAGACUUUCCGCCAAGCCAUUCAGCUCAUCACCCUGAUGAAUGUACGUGUGGACAUCCGCCAUGCUCUUAAUGCAAGCUUCCACUUUGAUGACGAGAACUUUAUUCAAGGGAGGAAAAUCAUCACAGCAGGACUACAAGCGGUCAAAGCGAGCAACAAGCAAGAAAACUAUGAGGCAGCGAGGCAGAAACUGGGAGAGAUUCUGCAUACUUUACAGGACUUUUACAGUCAUAGCAACUGGGUGGAGCUGGGAAAGAUAUUCCCAAACCCCAAUCUGAUCAGAUCAGACACCAGCGUUGGAAACUUAACAGAUGAGAGCACGGCGACGUGUCGCAGCUGUGACGGAGACGACUGCACCAACAACAUCUUGGAGGUUAUCAUAAAUGAGCAAAUCCUCAUUUCUGGCUACUUUGGCAUCGUGCCUUUAGUCUCAGUCAAACCCAAAGGAAAGUGCAGUCACGGAGGAGCAGUCGAUCAAACGAGUAAACUGGAUCCUAAAGGUGGCAUCAACAAAGACACCUUCAGCUCCAACCACGGACAUCUGCACACUGCAGCCGCAAACAUGGCCGUAGCUGCAACCAGCGGCCUUCUGGAGGACAUUCGAGGGGCAGCUGGGGACAAAGAGUUCCUGCAGAUGGUGGGGAUCUCCAGAGGAUCCAGUAAAGCUCUUUGUUUUGUCGUUGACACCACAAACAGCAUGCGUGACGACAUCGAGGCAGUGAGAAGCGUCACUUCCUCUAUAAUCGACAGUGAGGUGGGAACAGAGAAUGAGCCGUCACUGUACAUCCUGGUGCCUUUCAACGAUCCAGAAUUUGGGCCGCUGAUAAAAACUACAGACUCCGCGGUUUUCAAGACCAUUCUAAACACACUACAAGAAUCUGGUGGAGGAGACGAUCAAGAGCUGAGUCUUUCUGGGCUUCAGUUGGCUUUAUCUGGAGCUCCUUCGAGUUCUGAAAUCUUCCUUUUUACCGAUGCACCUGCUAAAGACACACACCUGAAGAGCACAGUGAUGGCUCUCAUAGAGAGGACACAAACUGUGGUGAACUUCUUCAUUACUGACUCUGUGGUUGUGAAUCGUCGGAGGCGGCGACAGACCCGUCGGCUUUCGGCGUCUGACGCUCAGCUGUACAGAGAUCUGGCUCAGAUGUCAGGAGGUCAGGCCGUCGAAGUCACCAAGAGUGAACUUCCAGCAGCUGUUAGCCUCAUAACCGAGUCCACCAGCCCCUCUCUGGUGACUCUUCUACAGGCAGCAAGGAACCCAGGAAAGGCUCAUAAUUUCACUUUUAUAGUGGAUGAAACAGUAACAAACCUCAGAGUUUACAUCACUGGCAGCUCCAUCACUUUCACUGUCAUCAGCCCCACAGGUGAAUCUCAGCAAAGCAGCGAUACAUCAGGCUCUCUGAUUUCUGCAUCCCAAUCUGUGGGAAACUUCAAGUCUCUGCAGCUCAACAAACAAGCUGGAAUGUGGGAAAUAAAUAUGGUGUCGACAAAUCCUUACACUCUGAAGGUCAUAGGUCAGAGUUCUAUCGACUUCCUGUUUGACUUUGUGGAGGUGUCUCAGGGCCCCUUCGGAGGGUUUGACGCUCUCGACACACGACCCAGAGCAGGCGUCAACGGCAGCUUGUUGGUGUCUUUGACGGGGAGCAACUCUGCCACGGUGACAGCAGUCAGUCUGGUUGAAUCAGGCGCCGAGGAGAUUAGAGGAGUCGUGGUUCCACAGGGCAGCGGAAACUUCUUAGUGCAGGUCGACAGGAUACCAUCGGGGGAGUUUUCUGUUCAAGUGAAAGGACGAGACGACAGCUCUUCCUCCAGCUCUUCAUCGAUCAUCUUCCAAAGGCAGUCGUCCACCAACUUCAGAGGCUCCAACAUCACUAUAACUGCCGAUUCAAACAGUAUCCUGGAACCGGGAACACCUUUCUCUGUUCCCUUCUCUGUGAUGACCAGUGGAACAGGAGGAAACUUCACCAUCCGAGCCACCAACAGCAGAGUUUUCGACUCAACGUCCCCGACCAGUUUAAUCCUGGAAACAGGAAAAAGAACGAAUGGUACGGUGACCCUGUCAGCUCCUCUGAACACUCCGUCUGGAAGUGAUGUCACCCUGACCAUCGAGGCCGAGGCUCCGGAUAGAAGUGACACCAACUACAUCGUGCUGCGCAUCUCUAUUGUUAACACGGUGACUGAUUUCACUGCACCAGUGUGUGAGCGUCUCAGCCUGCAGUCCAACUGCUCUGAGAACUGCAGCUUGUCUUCGUGGUCGGUGUCCGUGCGGGUGAGUGAUGGUGCUGACGGGACGGGGGUCGACCGGGUCACCCUCAAACAAGGAAACGGAACCAUGAACACCAGCCUGUUGCCUGGCAACGAGAACAUAACGCUGGUGUCCUACAACUCGUCCUGCUGCUCUCCCGAAAUGCAGCUGCAGGUUGUGGAUCGCGUCGGUAACGUUGGAUCUUGUUCUUACUCUUUCCGUGAAGGUUCAUCAGGCGCGCUGUCUGCAGCCAUUAGAGUCACUCUGUCACCGCUUCUUUGCUUCAUCAUGGUGGUGUUUGGACUCCACAAACUGACAGAAGUAGGCAUCAAAUGACCCCAUGUCAAACUGACAAAUAGUUAAAGCCACUAUAGUCCACAUUUUUUUUUAAUAAUAUAUUUUGACAUUGAACUAUGCACAAUAAUCUGUAGUGAUUAUGCUUGUGAUAUAAUUUAUCAUCUCUCUAGCUUUUGAAAGUUACGGUGGGACUCAGCUUGUUCUGGAUUUCUCUCCAGUGGCCAACACCAGUUACUGCAGCUUUACAUCUCAAACUGUGCGUGUAUCAGUGAUUUCUCAGCUAUUAUGAGCCUUAUUACUGCUGUUGCAAAGCUGCUGCUCAGUGAAUGUAUUUUAGUAUUUAUGAACCACUUAAAGCUUCCGUUCCGAAUCUCAUACUGUUUUUUUUUAACUACAGCUGCCUUUAUAAAGUACAUACUGUUUCAUGCACAACUCACAAAAUUUAGAUGUACUACUUUGUUGCAAUAUUGCACCUUACAUUUUGUUAGUCUGUAGUGUAAAAUGAACUAACAUUUGUCUGUUUGCACUCAAGCUUGUGUCAAAGGAUUCACCCCCCUUGGAAGUUUUCCCUUUUCAGUGGUUUUAAACAUUGAAUCAUGGUCAGUAUUUUUGUCUUUUUUUUGACAAGAAUUUACAAAAAAAAGUGUCUUUUCUUUUUUGUGAAUUCUUGUAAAAAAUCAAAGUCAAAGUGCAACAUAAUGGAAAAACUUCUAAAGGAGAAUACUUUCACAGGCUCUUUCAAGCUACACAAAAUACUGAUGUAUGUGACAGAUCUCCAGCUGUGCAGAGGAUUGUGGGUCAGAGAAGCAUGCUGACCUCAACACUGUAAUACAUACUAUGAUUGCCUACACCUUUUUCUUGCAUAAUAUAUCGUAUAGUAGUCAGGAUAUUGGAACGCAGCCGUAAUUAAAUGUUUAACUGUAAAUUCUGCUCUGAGAAAAGGAAACUGUGCUCCGACCCUCCAGCCAGCUCAUCUUCUGUUUCCACAAAGUUUUGGAUCAUCUUUAAAACCUGCUGAUUACUGCAAAGUUCCUCAUCUGUAGACAAUCAUCAGAACACGAAUGAACUAGGAGAAGGUGUAACAAAAAAUAAACAAAGCAGGCAGCUUUAAAAAACAC